AUGUCGACAUGCAUUUCCCUCAAGAAUUCAACCUCUUGUUCCGCCUUCAAUGCUUCUUCCAUAUCGACCGACAGUAGCCUGGUUGCUCUCUAUCCAUUUCUUCAAUACGUCUCAACCGUUUCAGAGUUCGAUGAGCAAUUGACCAGUUAUAUCAGUGAGGACUACGUCAAGGAACACUAUGGCACUCUCUUGGGUUGCUCGGACCUCAAUCUCACCGACACCAGCGAUUAUUACGCUCGUUACACAACGAGCGUGAUUUGUAACGGUAUUGUGCAAAACUCCAAGACACCCUGCAAUCUGAGUGAAACCGAGUCAAUGCCGCUUUGUGCAACCACAUGUGCUUUGUAUGCCACAAGUGAGGAGGAGAUUGUGGUUAAUAACCAAACAUGUGAUACAACGCUUUCUACAUACAUGAGUCAGAUCCGCGCCGAUUUCACCGACUGCUCGCUGCCUGCCGACUCUUUGACGGGCUCCUGUAUUAGCGGCGAGCAAAAUGAACCCGACAACUGUGGCUAUAGCACGAACCUUGAAGGUCUGUGUAGUUAUUGUGCCUCCAGUUCGCCAAACGCCACCGACUCUUGUUGCAUCAACUCCGAUGCUUCGACUAGCUGCUCUAAUGUUACCAUCCCGGCAACUUCUUCCUUGCCCCCUCUUUUCACAGCUACUACGACGGCUACCACAACUCCUACCGCAUCUAAUAAUCCAAGUGGUUCUCAUCUGUCCGGCGGUCAAAUCGCGGGCAUUGCCGUGGGAUCAGUUGCUGGGUUUGCCCUUGUCGCCGGACUCCUGGGACUCCUAUUUUUCUGUUUGCGAAAACAUCGCAACGCAACGGACGAUGAUGUUUUCAAUAAGCCUACACCUAAAAGAAGCAAUCAGCUCAUGCAAAUGGCCCCCGUAGCGUCCUCAAAAAGGAGCCUUGAACCCGUCCCUGGCGGCCGCGUUGCAAGAAUGUCUGCCCUACAAGCUGAAGCAGAUGACUCCGACCACCUAAGUGCCGCUAGAGGCGUAUUUCCAGCUGCAGGAAAAUACAGUGAUACUUCUGAUUCGGAGGGAUUGAUUUCUAGCCCAGAGUCCCGUUCCCGGAGAAGAGCUCCUGUGGCCGGCCGACGUCAGGGCUCGCUGUCUAGUACGUCUGCAUUGGGAUUAGAAACUGAUAGUUCACCUUUGUCAGGCACAGCCGGUCAGUUUUCGUCACCUGAAGGUGUCGCUAGUGGACAAUCAGAACAGUUGCCUUAUUUCCGGGACUACUAUUCACAAGAUGACAUCCAUCCAAACGAUAGGGUUUCAGUUCUGUGGGCCUAUCAACCUCGUGCUGCUGAUGAGUUUGAGCUGGAUCGUGGUGAUAUGCUAAAAAUCGUUGGCAUAUGGGAUGAUGGCUGGGCGACUGGUGUUAGGAUCAACGAGCGAGCAGAGGACUUUUACGAUGAGCACAACGCUCAACGAGACAGUGGAGUAUCAAAUGGAUCCCAAGGAAGACGAGAUUCAUCACCUCAGGCCCGUGGAGAGAUUAAAGCAUUUCCUCUUGUCUGCGUGUGUCUUCCCCAGCAUUGGAGAAAAAUCAUCGAUGGUGAUAUAGGUCAGGCGGACUCUCCUUAG